GAUAUUCAGUUCUCCUAACAUCGUCAUCGUGUGAACAUUACGAGUUAUGUGAACAUUGCUUUCUUUUCUUACUACGCAAGUGUCAAAUACAGUGGCAAAAUGCAGCGACCAUUGAAUAUUUUGUGGCAAAACGUGCGACCAAAUUCGGAUUUGUACAUCGAUAUAUUUGAUGUCAGCAGUCACCGAAUUCAUCCCAACGUGACAAAAGAAAUGAUUAAUCAGAUGUAUCGAGAGAUCAUGGCUUCAACGGAGCUCCACAAAAAUAACAGAGCAGCCAAUUUGUCGCGUGAAGAAGGCAAGGCCAAAUUUGCGCAAGAUAAAUACUUUGAAGCAAUGGAACAUUUUAAUGGGAGUGUAUCAUUUGCCGAACCUGGAACUGAAGAGCUGGGACUUGCAUUUGCCAAUCGUUCUUCGUGUUUUUUCUAUUUAAAUAUGCCCGAUGAGUGUUUGGUUGACAUCGAAUUGGCAAAAAGGCAUAACUAUCCCGGUAGCUUGAUGCGCAAAUUGGAUGCACGCAUUGUCAAAUGUACCGAGUUGAAGGCUGACGAACAUUUCAAGCCAGGACCACACGAUAUCUGGGAGCCAAAGCUAAGUUUCAACGAACAUAAGGACUUUGCUGGUGUAGCUGAUUGCCUGAAAAUCCGAAAAAACGAUGAAUUUGGUCGUCAUGUAAUCACCACGUGCGAUUUGAAAAUUGGACAAACGAUUUUGGUUGAAAAUGGAUAUUCGAUCGUGCCAGCGAGAAAGAAUACGGGCCGUUCUCGGUGUUUGUAUUGUUACAAGGCAUGCAUGAAUUUCAUCGCAUGCAAGAAUUGCAUGUGUAUGAUAUUUUGCAACGAAGGAUGCAUGGAAAAAUCGUUUCACAAACAGGAAUGCAACCGACCUGCAGCGCUAUCGCGUAAAGAGACAUUUGAUCUGAUUAUGAGAAUGAUUUUCAACAUAAACGCCGACUUUCCCGAUGUUGAUGCACUGAAUGAACUAGUGAAAGUGUUGCUCGAAAACAAAAAACCGCCAACUGAUCUGACACCAUCUCAGAUGAAUUUCUGUUCGCUUUUCCAACUUGCCCACAACCACGAAAAGUUAUCGGCAAAUCAAUUAACCUGCUUGAGAUCUGCCACCGGUGUGACUUUAAACGUACUUAUGCAAUACGACGAAUUCAGUCUAAAAUAUCGAUCCACGGCGCAUCGUCGUUUUUUACAACACUUGAUUUUGCAUCUAUUUCAUGUGGCCGAGCAUGCAAUUGAAUUAUUUGAAUAUGGCCAAGAUGGUGAUGGCGAGCGUAUGGCAAAUUAUGAGCAGCGACAAUUUGCAAGGGGCAUCUAUCCAUUUGGUUCGUACAUCAAUCAUUCUUGCGUACCGAACGUCUACUGGUUUAACGUUGAUGGUCGUUUGAUCUGCAAGGUGAUCCGUCCUAUUAAGAAAGGCGAACAAAUAUUCCGAUCUUAUGUCCCAGGGCAUCAUUCAUUCGAACAACCUCUAGAGCUGAAGAGAGAACUAGACGAGCGCUAUCACUUUAAGUGCGAAUGUUUUUUGUGUACAAGUGAACUAUGGACACCGUUAACGAAUGAGGUCAACUUGUCGAGAGAUCCACUGUACGAAUUCGGGUUACAGCCAUCCGCAAUGACAAUCAAGCGCUUUCGAAAGCUGACUCGUUCGGAAGUUCUGUCCUAUGAGAAGAAGGCCAUAGAAUUUCUGGAAAAAUAUGAUCGUUUUCAUCCGGUCAACGACACCAUCGUCAUGCAAAAUAAUUUGCAAAUCAUGUGGAACGUGCUGGCUUCACGUUACUGAAUAUUUUUUGAAUUGCAUUUUAAUAGCUGCAUUUCAAUCUAAGAGAUAAGAUGCAUCUUACACUUACAUUUUCCCUAAUUUUUGGAAUUUCUUUCAUGAUUUUAUAUGCAAUGGUUACAUAAACCUAGAAAAUAUACUUUUCAGCAAUGCAUUUUUUUUACAAAAUCACCAAAUAAAGCAACUAGAAAUGUUCUGUGCUGAUUUAGCUCAUAUAACUAUGAAACGUCUAGGCAUAAAUUCUGCUGGAAAAAUAAAGAAAAAACAAUUGAUGU